GACAGUCAGCUGACAAUAAUUGUGAUUUCUGAUUGAUUUAGUGUGAUUGUGAAUUUUCUGUCUCAAUUAUUAUUAUUUACUAAACUACAUUAUAUAAAGACAAACCACAUUUUAGUUAUAUAAAUCCAUUAGAAUGAUAAAUUAUAAGUAAGACACUCUUAAACUCAUAAUGUCUUUCAGCAUAAAAUCUUGCAAAUUCUAUAGACCAUUCUUCAUAACCUCAAGAAAUUACGGUGAAAGACUCGGAACAAGUGGUGAUAAAACAAUUUAUCAGGAACACGAAGAAACUGCAAAACAAAAGGAGGUUUCGAAAUGGCGAAAACCAUGGAUAAAGAGAGAGGGCGAAUGGCAAAGCAAAUUAUCUAUUUUUGUAGAGAAAAGUCCUCAUCCAGAUAUUAUGUAUAUAAUGUCUCAGAUACCAAACUUUACAAUCGAGAAAGCGAAAAGCUGGUGGGGUGAUUUGAAGUCAUUACAAGAGUCACAAAAUCAAAAAUAUUUGCCUGAAAGGGUUGCAGCUCUUGGUUCAAAUCUCGCAGCAGUGCAUUUUUUCACUUAUAGGCAAUGUGCAGUUAGACUGAAAGGCUCACAAAAUUGGAUCAAAGGUGAUAUAUCAACACUCAACCUGCCAGACCAUUAUACAGAGGGUUAUUAUGUAGAAGCUAUCGACUGCACCAACUUUCAUCACGGCGGUAUUCGUUAUGAGGGUCUGGAGAAUAUCCGCAACCUCAAUUUUCUUAAAUGGCUAUCAUUGAAGAAUAAUAAACAUGUUGACGUGUGGUGUAUAGAUAAAGUUGCUGGACUGUGUGAAGAUACUUUAGAAUAUUUGGACAUUAGUGGUUGCAAUAUAUGCAUAGGCUGUAUUUUUGCUUUGGCGAGAAUGAGAGCUCUCAAAGUAUUGAUUAUAACAGACCCCGGUGAAGACCUAACCUUACAAGCUGCUCUUUCAAUGUUAGAAGAAGAAAAUUCCAAUCUUAUUAUACAAGCUAUUGAACCUGUAGUAAAUGAAACUUCUGAACAUAAAACUGAAUAAUAGAUAUGAUAAUUAAUUAUUAUAUAGUUACUAAGAGGUUUUUGAAAUAAAAAACAAUCUGUU